AUGGACGCGCCGUCUGUGCUGAAAGGCCUUAGCGGCCUCGAUGAUGCAUCGCUGACCACAGUCAUUACUGGAGUGCUUCAAAAAAGGCCGGAGCUCGCACCGGGCAUUGUCAACCUUGCAGUGCCGGAGCUGACGUACGUCCCAGCAGAUGCCCUCACCAAGCGGCGUGCGAUUGGCAAAAUCGGGGCACCUGCGGCUACCGGCUUUUGCAUCGUCGACUGUCCAGAGUUGAAGGCAGUCUUUGGGGAAGAUGUCCUUGUGCACAUGAACCAGGUGGGCACCAUCCCGCCGGGGACAGACGUGCACUUCGCCAUUUUGCUGAACGAGGAGCUCCGGCCCCAAGCCUUCGAUUUGCACCCUACAAGUUCGAUGGUUCGUGGGAAGGGCAUGGGCAAGGCCGGCAAGGCUCGUGGCUUUCGCAAGGGUGGAGUCCCCAAUGCAGCUGGCUACUUGGGCCCCAGUGAAGACAAGCUUUUGCAGGGCUGA